GAUGGAAGCCCUCAUUCCGGUAGUGAAUAAGCUGCAGGAUGUUUUCAACACCGUAGGCUCAGAUGCGAUCCAGUUGCCACAGAUUGUCGUCCUAGGUAGUCAGAGCUCGGGCAAAAGUUCGGUCAUCGAAAGUUUGGUCGGCCGAACGUUUCUUCCGCGUGGUACCGGCAUCGUAACGCGUCGCCCACUGGUUCUGCAGCUCGUCUACACACCGCUCGAUGACCGUGAGCACCGUUCGGCGGAACAUGGUACGGUGGCGGUGGAGGAGUGGGGCCGUUUCCUGCACAUCAAAAACAAAGUGUUUACCGAUUUCAACGACAUACGGGAGGAGAUUGAGAAUGAAACGGAUCGGAUGGCGGGUGCCAACAAGGGCAUCUGUCCGGAACCGAUCAAUCUGAAGAUCUACUCGACGAAGGUGGUAAAUUUGACAUUGGUCGAUUUGCCGGGCAUUACGAAGGUACCGGUCGGUGAUCAGCCGGAGGAUAUUGAGGCACAGAUCAAGGAUCUGGUGCUGAAGUACAUUGAGAAUCCGAACUCAAUCAUACUGGCGGUGACGGCGGCCAACACCGAUAUGGCAACGAGCGAAGCGCUCAAGAUGGCGAAAGACGUUGAUCCGGACGGUCGGCGUACGUUGGCGGUGCUGACGAAGCUGGAUCUGAUGGACGCAGGGACGGAUGCAAUCGACAUUCUGUGCGGACGCGUUAUCCCGGUGAAGUUGGGCAUUAUCGGUGUGAUGAACCGUUCCCAGCAGGAUAUACUGGAUAAGAAAGUGAUAGAGGAUCAGCUGCGGGAUGAGGCGGCAUAUCUGCAGCGAAAGUAUCCGACACUUGCGACACGCAACGGUACACCGUAUCUGGCAAAAACGCUUAACCGUUUGCUGAUGCAUCACAUCCGCGACUGUCUGCCGGAUCUCAAGACGCGUGUCAACGUGAUGGCAUCCCAGUUUCAAUCGUUGCUAAAUUCGUACGGUGAAGAUGUUACCGACAAGAGUCAGUGCUUGCUGCAGAUCAUUACGAAGUUUGCAUCGGCCUACUGCUCCACGAUCGAGGGUACAUCGCGCAACAUUGAAACGACCGAACUGUGCGGUGGAGCGAGGAUAUGUUACAUUUUUCACGAAACGUUCGGCAAAACGCUUGACUCCAUUCACCCACUAACGGGAUUGACCAAGAUGGACAUACUGACGGCGAUCCGCAAUGCAACCGGUCCACGGCCGGCACUGUUUGUGCCCGAGGUAAGCUUCGAGCUGUUGGUGAAGCGUCAAAUACGUCGUCUCGAAGAUCCGUCCCUUCGGUGCGUGGAACUGAUCCACGAGGAGAUGCAACGCAUCAUACAACACUGCGGUACGGAAGUCCAGCAGGAGAUGUUACGCUUUCCGAAGUUGCACGAAAAAAUUGUUGAUGUGGUGACGCAGCUGCUGCGUCGACGGUUGCCCACCACCAACAGCAUGGUGGAGAAUCUGGUGCAAAUUGAGCUGGCAUACAUCAACACCAAGCAUCCAGACUUUCACAAGGAUGCGGCACUGGUACCGAGCCUAAUUAAAACGGACUCACAGGAUCAGUGGGCGGGACAUCAGCCGGGUAAUCCACCUAGUCGGCGACCGGGCUCGAACAGACAGCUGGCACUGGUGGAUAAGACUGGCAUGCUGAACUUAAAUCACGAUGCAAACCAGCUACAACAGCAGCAACAGCAGCAGCAGCAGCAGCAAAAUCAUGCUGCAGAACAACCGGGUGGAUGGUUGGGUAGCAUUUUGCCACCGAACAUGGAAGCCAUGAUUGGGGCCAGCGGGGGCCAUCAGAUGGGUGGACCGGGCAGUGAAAGUGGCAACAGUACGGCCAGCAACACCCCAACACACGGUGUGCUUAGCCCAACCAAACCAGUCAAUCUGCUGCCGGACGUCCCGAUGAACCAUUCGUCCCGCAAGCUAACCGACAAGGAGCAGAAAGAUUGCGAUGUUAUUGAGCGCUUGAUCAAAUCGUACUUCUACAUCGUGCGGAAAUCGAUCCAAGAUUCCGUGCCGAAGGCCAUCAUGCAUUUCUUAGUCAACUUCGUCAAGGACAACCUGCAGUCGGAGCUGGUAACGCAUCUGUACAAGUCCGACUCGGCCAACGAGCUGCUGAACGAGUCGGAUCACAUCUCCAUCCGGCGCAAGGAAGCGAGCGAUAUGUUGAGGGCACUGACCCGCGCCAAUCACAUCAUAAGCGAAAUCCGAGAGACACACAUGUGGUAAGGCGUCGGCAACAAAAUACUAUUUAUUCUCGCACACCAAAUACAUAAACGAU